CGCAGUGGAUCAGUUCAGCUGAGAGAGCAGGGCUGGGACACUGGAGCGGUGCGCACUGCAACCCAGCGCACACCGAGCUGCACUAUUGAUAGCUUAGGAAAUCAACAAACACGGCUUACAUGUAAGCUUCUCAGCCAGCCGCAAGACAACCAGAAGGGUGUUGCAGGAUUGAUUGUUAUUACUCUGUUACUUGGAGCCGUACUUUUCCCAAAACGUGUCUCUCCAAUUAGAUAAUAUCGGAGGAGAUCGUUGAAAGAAAGAUGGGUUCAGUCCCGGCGAUAUCUGUCCUCAUUUUGGGCAUUGCAGUUCCAGCCCUGGCGGGCUAUAUUGAGGCUCUGGCAGCCAAUGCGGGCACCGGAUUUGCAGUGGCAGAGCCACAGGUUGCCAUGUUCUGCGGGAAACUCAACAUGCAUGUCAACAUCCAGACUGGACGCUGGGAGCCAGACCCCUCCGGUACUCAGACCUGCGUGGGAACCAAGGAGGCUGUGCUCCAGUACUGUCAGGAGAUGUACCCUGAGCUGCAGAUCACAAAUGUGGUGGAAGCCAAUCAGCCGGUCAAGAUUGAGAACUGGUGCAAGAAGGAUAAGAAGCAGUGCAAAGGCCACGCCCACAUUGUGGUACCUUACAAAUGCCUGGUGGGUGAGUUCGUGAGCGAUGUUCUGCUGGUGCCAGAGAAGUGCAAGUUCUUCCACAAGGAGCGCAUGGACAUGUGUGUCAGCCAGCAGCAGUGGCACGGCGUGGCUAAGGAGGCCUGCUCCAAGGGCAGCACCAGCCUGCACAGCUACGGCAUGCUGCUGCCCUGCGGCGUCGACAAGUUCCAUGGCGUCGAGUACGUCUGCUGCCCCGCGCCCCGCCCCGAGGAGGCCGCCCCACGUCCCCAGCCCUCCCAGGAGGAGGAGGAGGACGAAGAGGAGGACGAGGAGGAGGAGGCGACAGAGCUAGAUGAAGAGGAGGAUGAGGACGAGCCUGUUGAGGAGAGUGAGACUUCAGUUGAGGAGCAGCCUACUCAGAGGACUGAGACGAUUGAGGAGGAAGAGGACGAUGAUGAGGAAGAGUACCACUAUGUCUACGAGGAUGAGGAGGGAGACCGGGAGGAGGAAGAUGAAAAGAAGGACAGGGCCAGCGAAGUGGACAGCAUGGAUGCAGACAAGACGGCACAGGAGGUCAAAGCGGUGUGCUCCCUGGCGGCCGAGACGGGCCCCUGCCGUGCCUCCAUGCCGCGCUGGCACUUCGACAUGAGUCAGCGGAGGUGCGUGCGCUUCGUGUAUGGGGGCUGCGCCGGCAACCGCAACAAUUUCGACUCUGAGGAGUACUGCAUGGCCGUGUGCAGGAGCCUGAUCCCCCCCACCCCUCAGCCAACAGAUGACGUGGACGUGUACUUUGAGACGCCAGCAGAUGACAAGGAGCACAGCCGCUUCCAGAAGGCCAAGGAGCAGCUGGAGAUCAGGCACCGUAACCGCAUGGAGAGGGUGAGGAAGGAGUGGGAGGAGGCUGAGCGACAGGCCAAGAACCUGCCCAAGGCAGAGAGACAGACGCUGAUCCAGCACUUCCAGGCCAUGGUGGAGUCCCUGGAGGAGGAAGCAGCCAGUGAGAAGCAGCAGCUGGUGGAGACCCACCUGGCACGCGUCGAGGCCAUGCUUAACGACCGCCGUCGCCUGGCGCUGGAGAACUACCUGGCUGCUCUGCAAGCUGACCCUCCCAGGCCACACCGUAUCCUGCAGGCCCUGAGGAGAUACGUCCGCGCCGAGAACAAAGACCGCCAGCACACCAUCCGUCACUACCAGCACGUCCUGGCUGUCGACCCGGAGAAGGCCGCCCAGAUGAAAUCCCAGGUGAUGACCCACCUGCGUGUUAUUGAGGAGAGGAUGAACCAGAGCUUGUCCCUGCUUUACAAAGUGCCCUAUGUGGCCGAGGAGAUCCAGGACGAGAUUGACGAGCUCCUUCAGGAACAGAAGGCUGAUAUGGACCAGUUCCUGUCCUCCAUCUCCGAGUCCCAGCCGGACGUGACCGUGUCGUCGGAGGAGAACGUGGAGCUGCCGGCCUCGGAGGGCAAGCGCUACCGCCCCAUCCAGGUCACCUCCAAGGCCAGGCAGGAGCCUGAAGGCCCUCUGCCCGACUCCCCCCGCGCCAUGACGAAAGGGUCCGGACUGGACGGGCUGAUCGGAGCUGAGGAGAGGGUCAUCAACAGCAAGGGCAAGAUCAAUGAAAACGUGGUGAUUGAUGAAUCUCUGGAUGUUAAAGAGGUGAUUUACAGUGCAGAGAGAGUCAGCGUUAUGCAUGAUGAUGAGCUGGAAACCUACCGGCCUCUGGGGGAGGAGUUCAGCUUUGGAAGCAGUGCUCUGAUUGGCCUCCUGGUGAUUGCAGUGGCCAUAGCGACAGUGAUUGUGAUCAGCUUGGUGUUGUUGAGGAAAAGGCAGUAUGGCACCAUUAGCCAUGGCAUUGUUGAGGUUGACCCUAUGCUGACCCCAGAGGAACGUCACCUGAGUAAGAUGCAGAACCAUGGCUAUGAGAACCCAACCUACAAAUAUCUGGAACAGAUGCAAAUUUAGUUUGGACAGGAAGGGGGCGCUGUGGAGCCGAGAUAAGAAAGGAAUAGGGGGAACAUACUACUGACCAAUAACAAAACUGCUCACGUCAAAGAAAAUCAUCUUCCUGCAUCAGAAAUGCACAUUCUGGUUCAUUCAAGACAGUCUUUAAGUAAUGCUACUACUUCUACUACUACUGCUACUACUACAAUUGUACUA